UCCUCUCUCUCUCUUUUCAGUUCAGCGCUUUUUUUUCCUACUGUGAAGUGAACUGCCGCCAUGUUCUUCUGAGCCAGUAUGACAGUCAGACGGGAGGAAGAGAGACAGGGACACAGUCUGUGACUAAAACGACGGUUUAACUCAGCUUUUCGGAGUAUGAGCGAGAUAUUUUAACGCCACUGAACGUUUAGAACGGUGGAAGUUUUCCGUUUUUUAAAUUUGAAACAGAAGAGCCGUUCAGAUUUACAGCGAAAUCGGCGUGUCCGGAUGUUACAGCGCGAUAUAUUUUAUUUUCCUAUGGCGUAGGCACCUUUUUAUAAAGGCAGAUCUUUUUACAUAUUUGGGAGGUCGGAGGGUCGCCUCCGGUCGAAUCUAUAAGCACAUCUAGUCUGUUUUUAAAAAAGUUUUUUAACGAAAAAAAUACACGGGAGUAAAUGUCUAAUUUGUGUGAAAUAGAAGAAAAACACAUUCCAACAUUCGUUCGUGACUCUGAAAGGAUGACUAUCGAUAUUAGCGGGAUUUAAUUGGUGUUUUGGACGUUUAAUUGAUUAUCAAAGACUCAUCAUUUGCCGUCUACGAGAUUUUAAAGACGACGAUAGGGGAAAUACUAUUAUUUCCUUCCUUGAAGCCCUACGGUGAGCGGAUUCCAAAGAUGACGGGCUCUACCCCGGCAGACAUGAUUAACCUGCGUCUCAUCCUGGUCAGUGGGAAGACGAAAGAGUUCCUGUUUUCUCCCAAUGACUCGGCCGCAGACAUCGCAAAACACGUCUACGAUAACUGGCCAAUGGACUGGGAGGAGGAACAGGUCAGCAGUCCUAACAUCCUGAGGCUCAUCUACCAGGGUCGCUUUCUACAUGGAAACGUCACGCUAGGAGCUCUCAAACUGCCUCUGGGGAAAACCACAGUGAUGCAUUUAGUUGCCAGAGAGACGUUGCCUGAGCCAAACUCCCAAGGUCAGAGGAACAGAGAGAAAACUGGAGAGAGUAACUGCUGUGUCAUCCUGUAAAUACCACCUCCAUCCAUCCAUCCCUCCCACACCUCCCUCCCUCCCACACCUCCCUCCCUCCAUCCCUCCCACACCUCCCUUCCUCCCACUCCUCCCUCCCUCACCCACCUCCAUCCCCCAUCCCCCAAUCCCCACCGCCCCUAUCUUGGAUCCAACCAACACACUGUCCUGUCCUGCAGUCUCCCUAGAAUUCUGCUGCUGCGCGCGCACACACACACACACACACACACACACACACACACACACACACACACACACACACACACACACACACACACACACACACACACACACACACACACACAAAACAUUCUGUGUUCCUCAUAGCAAUACAGUGCACUUGCUCAUAAACUGUGUGUGUGUGUGGGCUGGUCUCUCACUCAGACUUAACCACUAAAUAAACCCACGCUCCCACCUGCCCCCCCCCCCCCCCCCCCUUCCCCAACACACACACACCCUUUGACCACCCACUUAUCCAGAUGUGCUGUGUAUCUCCCAUAGUGCAGCAAAGCAUUGACGUGCCUGAUCAGAACACACCCACACACACAUGCCUGUGUCCUUUUUACCUCCCCCUCUAUCACUUGUGUAUAUGCCCUUAAAUCUUACACUAGUGCAUUGACAGACCGAUCCAGUCUUUUAUUCACUCAUGAUGGUUCUAGCCAAUUACUAACAAACACACAAACAAACAGUGUUGUUAUUUGGCCAUAAUAUCAUGUUGUUGACUGUGUUUUGACAGUCGGUCCUCUCCUCCUUUCUGACCGGUCAGUGUUUUAGAUCAUUCCUCCGUCAGAACCCUCAUCCCCCUUUUCCCCUGAACGAGGAGAAAGAAACUGAACAAGGGGAAGAAAGACAGACAGAUCUCCCUUCCCCUUUCCUCCUCACCAGAAAGACAGACAGAUCUCCCUUCUUCCCCUUUCCUGCUCACCAGAAAGACAGACAGAUCUCCCUUCUUCCCCGUCCCUCCUCACCAGAAAGACAGACAGAUCUCCCUUCUUCCCCGUCCCUCGUCACCAGAAAGACAGACAGAUCUCCCUUCUUCCCCGUCCCUCGUCACCAGAAAGACAGACAGAUCUCUCUUAUUUCCCGUUCCUCCUCACCAGAAAGACAGACAGAUCUUCCCCUUUCCUCCUCACCAGAAAGACAGACAGAUCUUCCCCUUUCCUCCUCACCAGAAAGACAGACAGAUCUUCCCCUUUCCUCCUCACCAGAAAGACAGACAGAUCUUCCCCUUUCCUCCUCACCAGAAAGACAGACAGAUCUCUCUUAUUCCCCGUCCCUCCUCACCAGAAAGACAGACAGAAUACACCUCCCUCAUCCCACAUUUUUCCCUGAAAGAAUGAAAAGACCGACAGAUCUGUUGAAUACCUCUAGUGUUGUGAUUGGUCGGGUCUGCUUGCCAAUCCAAGCCAAGGUAAAGAACCAAUCUGAAGUGUUAUUUUCUUCCAAAUCUCUUUCUUCUUCACUUAAAGAAAGAUGUAGGCAUAGAUUCUUUGCACAACAAUGAACGCAUGUGCCCCCCCCAGCCCUACCCAGCCCCCCCACCACCACCGAACGACCUGUAAAAAGUUUCUUAUUUUACUUAGUAUUUUUCCAAUGGGAAUAAUAUAUAUAUAUAAAAAAAACUAAGGUAACAUAUGUGUAGAAUAUAUUGAAUAUAAAUAUUCUCUAGAACAUGAUGAUGCCUCUAGAUCCUGUUGAUGCCAGUAUAUUGAUGUUUUUAGUGUUGCUGUGUGCACCAUCAUUAACUAGCUAGCUUCCUAGACAGAAGUUCAAACUGUCACCUUGCUGAUGACGCUACAGUACGUCCCAAAUGACACCCUAUUUCAGAUCUAGUGUGAUACUUUUGACCAAGGCCUAUAGGACCUGCGAAAGACUAGUGCGGGAGGUGUACCUGCACAUCAAGCUGCCUUAAGCUAAAGAAACAGGAGAUGGGCUCCUGCCUUAUGGGCUUUUCUGGCUCAGACAAGGCUACUUACUUAUGUAGGGCCCUGGUCCAAAGUAGUGCACUAUAUAGGGAAAGGGCCCUGGUCCAAAGUAGUGCACUAUAUAGGGAAUAGGGCCCUGGUCCAAAGUAGUGCACUAUAUAGUGUGCCAUUUAGGGCAUAGUCAACUUGUUGUCCUUUAAGCAGCAAAACAGAACCAUCCUCCUAAUCAUUGACAUACAGAACUAUUUGAAACAUUUUUUUAUUUCUGUAAUUUUUUUCUUUGUAUUUUUUUUCUCAACUGUUCAUAGUUUAAUAUAAUCCUUGUUUUUUGUUUGUUUUCUCUGUGUUUUAUUUUGCUUUGUAAACAGCACUAGGUCUUAAAGGCUCUGUCCCAAAUGGCACCCUAUUCCCUAUAUGUUGUACUACUUUUGACCAGGACCCAUAAGGCUCUGGUCCAAGGUAGUUCACUAUGAAAGGAGAUAGGAGGCCAGUUGGGAUGUAGCCAAAUAUGAUACUUUAUCUUGCUCAGUGAUCAGGGUUUCAAGCUGUACAGUGAUAAUAUUGAAAAGCAUUUUCUAAAUGAUUGUAAAUAGCACUAAUCUAAUGCUUAUCCCCUAUACCCCUCUUCCAAACUUCAAAUGGAAUAAAUCCAUCUGUCAACUAAAUAAAGAUUAUUGAAGUGCAGCCAUUGAUUUAUGACUUGAUCCAUCUAUUAACUAAAUAUAGAUUAUUGAAGUGCAGCCAUUGACUUAUGUGAUCAUUACUCUCAUUAAACAAUCAUUAUGCUGCGCCUUG